UAUUUAUUUAUAUUUUAGAAACAGUUGGGCCAACAUAAGUUACAAAUUUCACAGCAGCCGAAGCCAAAACGGAAGAAAAAAUCGGAAUUCAAUUGUUUGGCCUUGUCCUUUUUUAUUUGUGUACGUCAGUUGCCUGCCACCUAUCUUUGUCAGUUGGAGCUUCUCCACGUAUCUCUCUUUCUUUGUACUUUCCCUCCCUUGAAGUUUUCAGCUUCUCAGCUCUUUAUAAGUUUCAGUUUUCCCUCUUUUCUGAAUAGAUGAAAUUUACUGUAGUUUAAGGCAUAUUAGUUUGAGUCUUUGGGAUACUAUUUAUUUACGAAUAUGGGGAAUGAAGGAGAGCAAGUUGUACAAGAGAAUGUUGAUGAAGGAGCUCGCAGGGUUACUUCUGAUAAUCUGGUUCAAAGGAAUGACCACCCCUGGGACGUAGCUUUUGGGUGAUCGGUUUCUAAGAUUAAAGCUUGAGAUUUCAUUAAUCACAUGGCUGAAUCGUCUGUUGUUUGAUUAAGAAACAAGUGAACAAAGUCAAUUGCAGGCACAGCAAAAAUAAUUUAGCUCCUUUCCACCAUUUAUACAGUACCCUUCGAAGAAUUAAGCUAGAGGGCCCCGAAUCUGCCAAUGCUGUAUCUUUGACCUUUGGAAGGGUGAUGUUUAACUCUUUGAGUUGACUCAUCUGAGCAAGUUUUGAUGUUAAGAUAAAGGAAACUCAAUAUACAUAAAGAACAAAAGAAAACUCAACAUUCACAUCAAUUUUUUGUUAAUCUGCAUCUUUCGAUUUUAGGAGUCAUCCCGAGCAAACCAAAUCUCUUUAAGCCUUUUGGGUCAAAUCCUGACUUCACUCUGAAUAAACCAUGUUUUAGAGGCUUCGUCAUCUUACUAAAGUCUUGGCAUACAAGUUUUACUUUCGUAUUUGGCAUAUUGAUGCUGUGUCUAUCCAUAUAAAUGAAUGCGAAUGUAGACAUUACAAGAACAUAAAAGUAGUAUACAAUCACACAUAUAAGGAAAUAAGUUAUACCUUGUAUAUUACAAUGAAUGUUGUCUUUUAUGUUAACAUGGUCCAUCAAAUCUUGUGCCUCCAUGUCUAUCCUGGCCUCCUCAAUCUAUACCCUAUCCCUUUGUCCUUGUAGAAAUUUUGCUGUGACUUAUAAAUGCCUAUUAGAUGGAACUGAUCUCAUUAUCCUGUGUUUGUUUUCUUAAUCAUCCAUAAGUUGUUGGACAAGGCUGGAAAUUCAACUGAAAUAGUUGAGGUAACCUCACCUAAGCAACAGGGAAGACGGCAAGAUCUUGCUUUAGAGAUACCACCUAGAACUCUUGAGGACACAGCAGAGGACUUUGUGAGGAUAAACAUCCCCUUAACACCAAGUCCUACUCCCCGAAAAGUUAAUUUUUCCCCCAUGCCUAGCCCUAGUUCUUCGAAAAUCUGGGAAUCUGCAGGUCCCUCUUCAUCAAAAAGUAAAUCAACCUUUAAAAACCUCCUUCCAAAGCUAAGUUUUAAGUUUCAGAAUAAUUCAUCAGAUAUUGAAAAAGCUGCUAUCCUUGCCCUGGGAAGUUCGUUUGCAGAGACGCAGGGGAAGCGUCAGAUGUCCAGGACUUUAUCCCUUACAAAGUUUUUCACACCCAGAACCCCAAUUUCUCACUCAAAUCCAGAGUCUAUGCAUGGGGGAAAAACAGUUGAUUCUCUCAAUUCUGGUAAAGGAGGAGCUCGACUACCUAUACAUCGUUCCCGUUCAGUCCCUGUGCUCAACAAAGAUGGAAGCAUAAGACAGUUGGAUUCUUUAGGUGGUGUAUUUCGAGUAAUUCCUGCUACUCCACAUAUAGCUGAGGGUACUGCAACAAAAACAUCAAACACACAUCCUUCGAAUGUUACUGAUGAAAAUGAUGAUGGUGGUGAAGAUAUUCCUGAAGAAGAAGCUGUUUGCAGAAUAUGCUUUAUUGAACUGGGAGAAGAUGGUGACACCCUCAAGAUGGAAUGUAGCUGUAAAGGUGAACUGGCAUUAGCCCACCAAGAAUGUGCUGUAAAAUGGUUUAGCAUUAAAGGAAACAAAAUAUGUGAUGUGUGCAAGCAAGAAGUCAAAAAUCUUCCUGUCACCCUUUUACGACUUCAAAACCAGACCAGUACAUUGCGAGGAGGUCUAACUCAGCAAGCUGAGGUUGGUCCAUGCAGAUUUUUUAGGGUUUGGCAGGAUGUUCCUGUUCUUGUCAUUGUCAGCAUGCUUGCUUACUUCUGUUUUCUUGAGCAGCUUCUGGUCGGGAAACUGAAGUCAGGUGCAAUUGCUCUCUCUCUCCCAUUCUCAUGCAUAUUGGGCCUUCUCGCCUCUAUGGCAUCAACAACUAUGGUACGGAGAAAAUAUGUUUGGAUCUAUGCUAUUAUCCAAUAUGGACUAGUGGUUCUCUCUGCUCAUCUUUUCUAUUCUUUGCUUCACAUGCAGGCUGUUAUAUCUGUUCUACUCUCCACUUUUGCUGGGCUUGGAAUCACAAUGUGUGGAACUUCUUUUCUUGGUGACGUUUUCAGUUGGAGAAGAAGAUGGGCGCUGCGGUCAAGUCAACAGCCCCAGACUCAGGAGGAAAUACGGCAGGAUCAACCAGCGGCAACUGCCCAUCAAAACCAGACUGAUCCUCACCAUCAUGAAAUUGAACCAACAGUUUUGGAAACUGUAGGUGGCAACUGACUUGGCACAUUGAAAAGAAUCAAUGACAUAAGAUGCAAGUCUUUUAGUUGCCUAGAAACUACAUAUUUUUAUAAAUGUUAGUUGUUUUGUUUGUAUAUACAGUGUCUUCUAAAUGUUUAAUUUCAUGCAUCCCAUAUACACAGGCCAGAUCGUUUCAGGCUGGAUUUCAGCAGUGUUGUGAAGUCAUAAUCAUAAUAGUUUUGUGUUUUAAUUUAA